CUCGAUUUUCAAAAAUAACUUUUAAAAAAAUAUCACAGAAAGUUCUAAAUUUUGUCAAAAACAAAAACAAACAAAAGGUGAAUUAUGCUUGUUUUUCUUUUUCUUAUACUUUUUUCAGUAUCAAAUGGAGAUUAUUUACGGAGGUUACAAAAAUUAGAAUCAAAGUUAGCUGAUAACACUGAAAAACUGCAAAAAAUACUCAGCCGACUUCCAAAAGGAAUUUGUGCAAAGGAUAAUUCCAAACGGCCGUCAAAAUGCAAAGAAGGAAGACCUAUUGACUGUAAUGAUAUUCCUGACAAAUGUCCAAGUGGAGUAUAUAAAGUGUUUCCAAAGCAUACACAAGGAAUUGAUGUUUAUUGUGAAAUGAAUUUAGACGAGGGACACUGGACGGUUUUUCAAAGAAGAGAAAAUGGCUAUGUUGAUUUUUAUCGCGGAUGGAAUGACUACAAAUCAGGAUUCGGGAACCCUAAGCUUGAGUUUUGGCUUGGCAACGACAUUUUGCACUCUCUAACAUCACGAGGGAAGUAUGAAAUGCGGAUCGAUUUAUUCGAUUUUGAUGGAAACAAUGCAUUUGCAAAAUACAAAGAGUUUAGAAUAGGAGACGAAAGUUCGAAGUUCAAACUUACCGCAGAUGGAUAUUAUGGCACUGCAGGUAACAGCUUAGAACAUCACAAUGGCCAUCGUUUCUCAACAAAGGAUAAUGAUAACGAUAACCACUCUAGUCACUGUGCUACAGUGUACCCCGGAGCAUGGUGGUUUAAUGCCUGUGUAACAGCUGAUCUGAAUGGUCAGUAUUUCCUGAAGACACCGAACGGGUACCAUCGAGGCGUUUACUGGCGUAGUUGGAAAGGAUCCAACUAUUCUUUGAAAGGCUCAUUGAUGAUGAUGCGAAGAGUGUCAAUUUAAGAUACACACAUAAUUAACAUUUCAAAUAAAUAAUGAGUAUUCAAUUUAGAA